AUGAAGCUCACAAAGAAACUCAGUGGGUGGCUCCAGAAAUGGGGCUUCUACACGGAUACACGGAGAAAGAACGCACUCCAAAAGUGGAAGCAGCAGACUGAGGCCUCAAUUUUCUUAUUGGAAAAGGAGUUCGAUCCUUUGAUUGCUCGAGCCGUAUUCAAUCAACACCGUAGCUCGGUCCUAUACAAGCUUCCUGACGAAGCUUGGGUUCAGAUCUUUGGGCUUCUUUACCAAGACGAAAUCUCGUUCUUCAUAAUCCGCCAAGUGUGCAGACGAUUUCGUCGACUUCUGCAAUCAAGAGAACUUCGUCAUCAUCGCUUUUCACCAGUCCGCAGUUAUGGUCUGCCCAAUAGCCAGAAUGGCGGAUAUCUGUUUCUUAAAUCGAAAGGCGCAGUGAUGAAUCUUGUCCCCUCUCCCGCAUUCUUGCACGAGCCAGAGGCAGACGCAGCCCUGCGUGCCAACAUAUGCCAUCUCCUUCAUAUCGAUACUUUCUGCAACGACUGUCUAAAAUCCGAUAAACGCCGGCGGUCUGGAAAGUUGGAACUUGACAAGGGAUAUUGCAAGUUCCUUGGCCCUGGAAAACAAUAUUACUGCCAUGUGUGCGCCGCAAGCCACCCCUAUGCGAUGUUUUCACGAGAGGGGAAGAAGCAACGGACAUGUAACGGCGUCAAAGGCCAUGUUCGAGUCUGCGAGCACCAGACCAUCUCGUGGUCACAAAUGAGAUCCUUCCUCGGGGAGUGCAAAGCUAAGAUACCUCGCACGGCCCGACCAGAUUUCGAAGUUGAGAUAACCAUGAAGGCCUGUGGUCAUUCCGAUCAUCUGAGUCACCGCACGGAAUGCCACCCUUUCGAGGUCAAUGGGCCUGCCGCCCGACUCUUCUACAAGAAAUCAGGAGAGUGGAGGGUGGAGCUUACCUGGGAGCCUCAAUCCGGGCCAGGCAAGUUCAAACUAUAUCAACCAGGGAAGUUCGAUGCCGGCGAGAUGCGCGAGCGGUUCCUCUCCUAUCGUUCGAGUGCCGCACGCUUUAUCGUUCCAGCGCUUCUACCGAACCACCUCCCAGAAAUGACCUGUUUCCGUCUGAAUGAGUGUGACUGUCUCAGCUAUGGGACUGACGAGGAGGAAAUUCUGUGCAUGGGCAGCCUGGCAGCCACCAACAGCCCUAUGAACCUUCUCAGCGAGCUCAUGUCCGGGUUCAACUUUGUCCACGAGCAUUGA